CUCUCUCUCUCUCUCGGCUAAAACCCUCAUUUUCCGAUUGUCUUGUGAUUCUUCUCAAACCCUAGAACCCUCCCUGAGAAUGUCUUUGUUUCGUCGAGCCUCGUCUAGUCUGGCCACUGUUGCAUUCCGUGCGGUUAUAUCUCCGGUGAGUCUCCGCAGUGGUGCCGUCUCCGCUGAGAGAUUGAUUCUUGGCGGGAAGCAGCAGCUCAGCCGUGGAUCGGUGUUUUCAUCCUCGAGAUUUUAUACGAAGAGUGCGGUGGCUAAAAACACCGCCGACGAGAAUCUAGUUAGAGUUAUCGAAUCUGAAAUCGAAUGCGCAGCGCCUGAUGAAAACGUCAUGGAAGAUAUGCCAGAGGGGUUUCCUUUCGAGAUCAUUGAUACUCCAGGGAAACCAACUCUGUUUUUUACAAGGAAGUUUGAGGAUGAAACCAUCCAAGUGGAAGUCGACUCUUCUGUACCUUUUGAUGAAGAAGAAGAGGAAGCAGAAUCUAACGAUGAUGAGGAAAGCUUUUUUAAGAUUCCGAUGGUUGUGAGUGUGGCAAAAGGUGACGGUGGAUGUCUCGAGUUUGGAGUCAGCGCUUACCCCGAUGAGAUUGUGAUUGAUAGUUUAUCCAUCAAACAACCCCAAGGAUCUGACAACGAGAUUGCUUAUCAAGGACCCGACUUUGAAGACUUGGAUGAGAAUCUGCAGAAGGCAUUCCACAGGUUCUUGGAGAUCAGAGGGAUCAAACCGAGCUUCACUUGUUUUCUAGCAGAUUAUGUCGCCAACAAAGACAGCAGAGAGUAUGUUCGAUGGCUCAAGGGUGUAGAGUCUUUUGUUAAGAGUUACUUCUUCUUUCAGGUUUACUAGAGAAAAGAGAGCAUCGUCAAUGGCUCAAGGGCGUCAAGUCUUUUGUUGAGAAUUGGAACUCAUCUUUGUUUCCCUUCCAUGAAUAAUAAGCUAGAGUGAAACAACUUUUUAAGCAAGGGAGUUUAUUUCAGGUGAAGAACCUGUUCUCGUCA